AUGUCUAUGUUGCGAGGCUCAGUGAUCCAAAGAUUGGCAAGUCGCGCACCUGCUAUAAGCGGCUUUCUCCCAGCCCUAACUGACUCUGGCCCUUUGGCAGAUACGCGGACAAAAUCGAACGUGGCUACCGAACUUCGUGACUCUAUUGAAUCUCUAUGUACACCCUCCAGCGUCUAUACGAAAUUCCUGACCAAGUUAUGGCCCGUCUUCAAGAAGAUCUUGGAAGGGAAACCAGACUUGAACCCAACCUCCUUCGAACACAUACUCCGAAACCAGAUUCUCGAGAUCUUGCACCGACUGCAACAUCAGCUGCCGGAAAUCGAACCCUUUGCUUUGGACAUGGUGGAAAUGCUGAUGGAGCUGGUGAGGGUGGAAAAUGAAGAUAAUGCUGUACUAUGCCUGAAGACGAUCAUGGAUCUCGAGCGCCACCAACCGAUUGCCACCGCUUCAAAAGUCCAGCCUUUCCUAGACCUCAUUCAAGAGAUGUUCGAGUUGAUGGAACAGGUGGUUCGCGAUACCUUCGAUUCUCCGGCGCCUCAUCAUCAAACUUCAUCCUCGACGUCAAAUCCUCAAAGCCAGACCUUUCAGUCCCCGCGACCCGGCUCGCCGGCCACGACGGUGUCGGAUCCAGGAACCGAAAAGAAAGAGCACGCGCCCCUGGCAAAGGGUAUGCAAUCCUUCAAGGUCUUGUCGGAAUGUCCUAUCAUUGUCGUUUCUAUAUUCCAGGCGCAUCGGGGUAUGGUGGCUGCCAAUGUCAAAAAGUUUGUGCCCUCGAUCAAGGGAAUUCUCCUGCUGCAGGCAAAAGCGCAAGAGAAAGCACACGCUGAGGCGGCGGCCAAUAAAACUAUAUUUACCGGUGUCAGCAAAGAGAUCAAGAACCGUGCCGCAUUCGGAGAUUUUAUCACCGCGCAGGUCAAGACUAUGAGUUUCCUGGCCUACCUACUCCGGGUAUACGCAAAUCAACUGACAGACUUCUUGCCAACUCUGCCGGGUGUUGUUGUUAGAUUGUUGAAAGACUGCCCAAGGGAAAAGUCUGGCACUCGAAAAGAAUUGCUAGUUGCGAUACGGCACAUUAUCAAUUUCAAUUAUCGCAAAAUCUUCUUGAACAAGAUCGACGAGUUGCUGGACGAACGCAUCCUCAUUGGGGAUGGCCUUACAGUGUAUGAGAGCAUGCGUCCAUUAGCAUAUAGUAUGCUUGCAGACCUUCUCCAUCACGUGCGAGACUCGUUGGAUCGCAAUCAGAUACGGCGGACAAUCGAAGUUUACACGAAGAACCUCCAUGACAACUUCCCGGGGACGAGUUUCCAAACGAUGAGCGCAAAAUUACUCCUCAACAUGGCCGAAAGUAUCACCAAGCUGGAGAAUAAGGAGGAGGCAAGAUAUUUCCUGAUCAUGAUUCUUGAUGCAAUCGGCGACAAAUUUGCCGCAAUGAAUUAUCAAUAUGAGAACGCCGUGAAGUUGAGCCGCCAAUAUGGAGACAGAUCCAAGGAGAAUCAACCAGAGACAUAUAUGGAUGACAAAGACCAGGUUCCGGACUGGGACGAAGUGGACAUAUUCAAUGCCACUCCUAUUAAGACUUCGAAUCCGCGAGAGCGAGGUGCCGACCCGGUCAACGACAACAAAUUCCUCUUUAAGAACCUUGUCAAUGGCCUCAAGAAUAUGUUCUAUCAGCUGAAGACAUGCAAUCCGCCAGGUCUAAACGUAGACCAGGCCAGCAUUCCUAUCAACUGGAACGAAGUCUCCUUUGGAUACAACGCUGAGGAAACACGAGUUGUUACCAAGCUCUUUCACGAAGGCGCACGGGUAUUUCGCUACUAUGGUGCGGAAGCUCCAUUACCAGAUAUGCAGUAUUCCUCUCCAGUUGACUUCAUGGCCAGCCACUCAAUGGCACAGAUGACGCGAGAUGAAAAGGAGUUGCUAGAGAGCUUUGGGACGGUAUUCCACUGCAUCGAUCCAGCCACCUUCCAUGAAGUAUUCCAGGCUGAGAUCCCUUACCUCCAUGAACUAAUGUCUGAGCAUACCGCGUUGCUACAUCUCCCCCAAUUCUUCCUCGCCAGCGAAGCCACCUCGCCGGCAUUUGCAGGCAUGGUCCUUCAGUACCUGAUGAACAAAUUACCUGAGGUUGGAUCGUCAGACAUUGUCCUAUCCUCGAUAUUAUUGAGGAUGUUCAAGUUGUCAUUUAUGGCCGUCACGCUGUUCUCCACACACAAUGAGCAAGUUCUGCUUCCGCACAUCACGAAGAUUAUCACACAAUGCGUGCAGCUGUCGGUGACGGCAGAGAAACCUAUCCAUUACUUCAUUCUUCUUCGGUCCCUAUUCCGGAGUAUUGGUGGCGGGCGCUUCGAACUCCUUUAUAAGGAAAUCCUGCCACUGCUCGAGAUGCUGCUGGAAACUUUCAAUCAUCUUCUCCAAGGCGCCAGGGAUCCGCAUGACCGGGAUCUGUACGUUGAAUUGACGUUAACUGUACCGGCUAGACUCAGCCAUUUGUUACCGCAUCUCAAUCACUUGAUGAGGCCCCUAGUCGUGGCUCUUCGAGCUGGCCCCGAUCUUGUUGGGCAAGGCCUUAGAACGCUCGAGCUCUGCGUUGACAAUUUAACGGCAGACUAUUUGGAUCCGAUCAUGGCACCGAUCAUGGAUGAUCUGAUGACUGCCUUGUUUGAGCACCUGAAGCCUCAGCCAUACCAACAUUUUCACUCUCAUACGACGAUGCGCAUCCUUGGGAAACUCGGGGGGCGCAACAGAAAAUUCCUGAACCAUCCGCAUCGCCUGUCAUAUCGGCGUUACACUGACGACGAACCCAGCUUUGAUAUCCGACUUAUUGAGACCAGCCGGGAUCGAGCUUUCCCUUUGGAUACUGGCGUCGACCUGGCUAUUCGGAAACUCACUGAGACAGCUAAAAGCACAAAUACGAAGGCAUUAGAUCUCUAUUACAAGCAGCAGUCAUUUAAGUACAUCAGUAACCAGGUGAAACUGUUCAUCGGCCACGACCAUCUUCCAGACGAUCUUGCGGCUCUACUCCGACUUCAGGCAAGCGACCUCCUUUCGCGGCGGAUUUCGACAUACGCCGACAUGCUGGCUGAAAAUGAAUUUGGAAAGUCGGUGCAAAAACGUCGAGAUCAGGAAGAGAAUCUGAAGAGGCUCCUUAAAGCCUGCUUCACUGCAACGGCUGUCCCGGAUCUGAAGUCUCAGGCCGAAGCUUUCAUUCAGAAUAUAUCGCGUCAUUUUACUGUUGUUGAACUCGGGCAAGCCCUGUGCGACUCUGGCCGGAGAACCAAGGAAUUCGACGUCAAUCUGGGUGAAGGUGCGGUCUAUCUCAGCACCCGCAUCUUAGGCGAUGUUAUCUGUGAUUGCCUGGCCUCAGACAACAUCGUCAUCCGCGAGGCUGCCGAAGCAUCGAUGUUGGCCGUGCUUGAUACGGCUCGCACCAUCUUUGGCAGUGAAGAAAAGGCUGCUAAACUUCCUUUCUUCACGCAUCUUACUCAGACAUUCUGCCACAGAUGCCGCGAGGUGGAGUGGUUCACCAAAGCCGGCGCUACUUUGGGAAUACAGAUUCUGGUCAAGAAAUUCAACCUGGGCAACCCUUUCCUCAACAGUAAGCAACUGGAGAUAGUCAAAGCUUUGCUUUUCGUGAUCAAAGACACGCCUCAAGAGGUCCCAGCAAGCACCCGGGUUACUGCCCAAGAAACAUUGGAAUUCAUUCUCCGGAAAUGCUGCGCUGGUCAGACACGGGAGAUGCUCGCCAACGAGAGGAGCACUGUCCAUGCCCUUUCUGUAACAUUCAGUCUGGAACUCUCUCACAUGAAUACGCAUGCACGUGAGACAGCGCAACGUGCCUUCUCGACUAUGGCAGAGGUUGUGGGGGUUGAGGUACAUGAGCUGAUUGCCCCUGUUAAAGAAAGAUUUCUCCCGCCGAUCUUCAACAAACCACUUCGAGCUCUUCCCUUCCUCUCGCAAACAGGCUUUAUCGACGCCAUUACAUACUGCUUGGGUCUAGGUCAUGAUCUCGUCCCAUUGAAUGACCAGCUCAACCGGCUUAUGAUGGAGUCACUCGCUCUUGCGGACGCGGAUUCUGAGAUCCUCCACCCCAAACCUGACGAAUACAACAAUGCUCAGCUGAUUGUCAACUUGCGUGUUUCAUGCCUAAAGCUCCUUUCCAUUGCCAUGAGUUUGCCAGAGUUUGCAAGCGGUCCGCAGAAUUCCAGCCGAGCCCGGAUUAUUACCGUCUUCUUCAAACUGCUUUACUCGAAAUCACCCGAAAUCAUCGAGGCUGCCAACGCCGGCCUCAAGGAAGUGCUGGUCCAGACCUCGAAGCUCCCAAAGGACCUUCUCCAGAAUGGAUUGAGGCCUAUUUUGAUGAAUCUCCAAGACUCGAAGCGACUGACUGUCGCAGGACUGGAAGGCCUUGCGAGAUUACUGACUCUGCUGACAAACUAUUUCAAAGUUGAAAUAGGCGCUCGAUUACUUGAACAUAUGAGAGUCAUCGCCGACGAGCAGUUGCUGCAAAAGGUGUCCUUUGGGCUGAUAGAACAAAAUCCACAGAUGAAGAUUGUCACGGCGAUAUUCAAUAUUUUUCACCUCCUUCCCCCUGCUGCUACCAGCUUUAUGGGAGAUUUGGUCAACAGCGUCCUAGAUCUGGAAGGAAAACUGCGCCGUACUGUCGCUAGCCCAUUCCGUCAUCCGCUCAUACUAUAUCUCAACAAAUAUCCCAAGGAGACGUGGUCUUUCUUUCAAUCGCGCCUCCAAGAGGAGAAGUACGGUCGCUUUUUUGCGCAAAUCCUGAGGUCGGAAUCUAGCGCAACUAUACGCGAUGCUGUCAUGAGCGACACAGAAGCACUCAUUACGGCUGCCUUCGACGUCGAGGGAACGCAAGAGCGCCACACUGCGGCAAUCAACGGGAUCUACGUAGUACACUCAAUUUGCACUUUUGAGUCAGCCAAAGACUGGCUGCGCGAUCAGGAGCAGCUCAGAGCCAAGAUCUUGACUGCCGGCCAAGAAAUCGAGGGAGAAUUACGCAAAGAUCAGCUGCAACCUUUCCAACGCCUGCGUGCCGAGCAAACCGGAGACCAAGUGAUGGAUGUAUUGACACAAUACCUGACAUCCUCGCCAGAUGACCUCAACUUCAUGAUCGAGCUCUUUUCUUCGGCUGCACAGGGAACCAUAAAAACUCCCUUGAAGCUGUCGAAGUAUAUCUUUGACGCCAUCAUCACUGAUCAUUCUGCAACCCACCGGUACAAUAUUAUCGAGCGAUGUCUCGACGUUUAUUCGCAAAAAGCCGAACCUCACAAGGUGAAGACGUUCCUGUUGCACAAUGUGGUCAAUCCAAUUAUGGCAAGAGAUGUGCAGAACAUACGCCAAGAGGAGAGCAAGGCCGAGCCACUAGCAGACAGCAAGUUGUUCAAUCUCUUUUUGGAGCGUCUAUGGAAACCCGCGGCUCCUGAUCCGACCGACGACUCAUCUCAACCAGGCGUGGACCAUACUCGUAUGGAAGCGUUGCAGCUCUCUGCGUUCAUCCUGAAAUAUCACAAAGAUGCCGUUUCAGAGGAUCGAAAAGACAUAAUCAAAUAUUCUUGGGGCCACAUCAAACUGGAAGAUGUCAUCAAUAAGUACGCAGCUUAUGUCCUCAUAUGUUAUUUCAUCAGGUCUUAUGACACCCCUCCAAAGAUCGCUGUGCAGAUCUACAAUCAGCUGUUGAAGGCUCACCAAAAUGAAGGCAAAACUUUGGUUACACAAGCCUUGGAAGUUCUAGCUCCAGUACUGCCAGCGAGGAUAGGCGUCAGUGGCAAUACCCCUGGAGACAAGAGAGCACCAUCCUGGGCUCGGUUACCGCGCAAGAUCCUAAACGAAGAGACAGGAAACCUGCAACAGGUUCAGAGCAUCUUCAACUUCAUUGUUCGCCAGCCCGAUCUCUUUUACGAGUCGAGGGAACUGUUCAUCCCGACGAUGAUUCAGAUGCUCCACAAACUUGCUCCUCCACCAAACCCCUCCAACGAGAACAAAAAGCUCGCCUUGAACCUAAUUUCGUUGAUUCAGCAAUGGGAAAGCCGACGAGUCUCUGCGGCAUCUCCGCCCCAGACUGGAGCUGACUUGACGCCUUCACGCAAGAGAGAUACGGUUGGGGAUCAGAAGCUGGCACCCCCACCGGCCAAGGAGAAGAGCGAAUACGUGAUUCCGCUUGAGCUUCGCACGGCUGUUGUAAAGUAUAUGAUCACCUUCAUCACUUCUUUGCCGGAACGCUUUCCUGUGCCGGCCGCAGAGCUCAAGGCCAAAACCAUGCAGAAGGUUCAGCAACAGGCUCUGUCAAAUGACAUGUGCAAAAAGGGCGUUCAGCUCCUUCGAGAUCUUUUGGCACCCAAUUUGUGGACAGAUGUUGAUGUUGGUCUUUACGAGAAGCUGCUCGAUCCGAUCCUAAGUGGGGAAAAAGCAGACAAGGCGGAGGAGAAACAGCUGACUUGCAUGGUCAAUGCUCUACAGGUCAUGCGAAUCCUGUUGAGCACAAAGACGAACGAAUGGAUCAUUAACCAUAUGGAGAAGAUCCAGAAGCUAUUGGAGAAGCCACUGAAGAUGGAGGAACCUGAAAUUCAAGAUUGCCUGCACUUGGUGACUGAUGAUGAUAAGUCUCUUCCAUUGGUUCGACGAGUGCUUGAGGCGGUUCCAACACAAAAAGCGGAUGAUGCAGAUGCAAUGGACUUGGACGCACCACCUUCAGACUUCCCGACCCGAUAUUCCAAGGUUAUGGUUGGUGAAGCCUUGUCAAAUGGCAGCUACGUUUCAGGCAUCAAUAACCUGUGGACUCUUUCAUUGGUACGGCCGGCCGAUGUGGACGACCAUAUCAAUGGGGCGAUGAAAGCGUUGCAGCAGAAACUGGCAAAGGAGCACAUUAACGCUUAUAUGAUUCCGCCUGGGCCUCCUCCCCAAGGUUGGCGUCUGGGCGAACCAUUGAUGGAUCCUUACGAAUUUGCGCUCGGCGUUGAUCUUAUCAAGAAAACCAUCGAUAUACUAUCAUCGCGCAUGGGAGAACUCAAUGAACAGCGACGACCAUUUCUUAGUGUUCUGGCCUCGCUCGUUGAGAAAUCCUUCAACGUCGAAAUGUGCAGCAAAGUUUUGGACAUGGUGGAGAAGUGGGUGUUUAACUCGACCGAGCCAUAUCCGACGCUUAAGGAGAAGACGGCCGUGCUACAUAAGAUGCUCAUAUUCGAGAAGUGGCCUACUCAAAAUCUCCUUGAGCGCUUCCUUGAACUCGUCAUCAAGAUCUACGAGGACCCCACGGUAACGCGGACGGAGCUGACUGUGAGGCUGGAGCAUGCUUUCUUAAUCGGAACUCGCGCCAAAGAUGUGGAGAUGCGAAACCGAUUCAUGAACAUAUUCAACCGCGCCUUGUCCAAAACCGCGAGUUAUCGGCUCAACUACGUAUUGACCCUGCAGAAUUGGGACACAUUGGCAGAUUCGUUCUGGUUGAAGCAAGCCUCACAUCUCAUCAUGGGCUCUGUUGAAAUGUCGAUGCCGGCCCGCCUCCACCCGGAAGAUGUUCGAGUUUGUCCCAUGUCUCAUUUGUUCAGCCUCAACCUCGUCAGUCCCGAGCAACGAAAAGAUGAUGUAAUUGUCGAAGACAGCCUCGACGCUCUUGUUGUUGCGCAGCGCCGGUUCAAUCAAGAAAUCCAUGAGGUAAAAGUCCGUGACCUGCUUGAACCCCUCACCCAGUUGCAGCAUAUCGAUGACAAUGUUGCAUACGAUGUCUGGGUCAAACUAUUCCCUCUCUGCUGGUCUGCCCUGAAUCGGGACGAGCGUCUUGACCUCGAGAAAGGAAUGGUCACCCUUCUCACCCGCGAAUAUCACCAGAGACAACUGAAUCUCCGCCCCAACGUCGUUCAAGCAUUGCUUGAGGGAGCGGUUCGAGCCAAACCACGGUUCAAAGUGCCUCCUCAUGUCAUGAAAUUUUUGAGUAGAACUUAUGAUGCAUGGUACACUGCGCUUAUUUCAUUGGAGGAAUCCACCAUUGACCCACUUAUCGAUACCCUGGCAGUUCGUGAGAGCAAUCUCGAUGCUCUAGUUGAAGUCUAUGCCGGGCUACAGGAGGAUGACCUGUUCUAUGGAGCCUGGAGAAGACGGUGCAAGUUUAUGGAAACGAACGCUGCGCUCUCGUAUGAGCAGCAUGGAAUCUGGGACAAAGCCCAGCAACUCUGGGAGUCGGCACAAGUCAAAGCACGAACUGGUGUUGUGCCUUUCUCUCAAGGAGAAUACUACUUGUGGGAAGAUCACUGGAUGAUAUGCGCCCAGAAACUUCAACAGUGGGAUCUGUUGGGCGAGUUUGCAAAGCACGAAAACUUCAAUGAUCUUCUUCUCGAAUCGGCCUGGAGGAACUAUGAAGCUUGGACUGGCGAAGAGAAUCGGAAUCAGCUGGAUGCAAUGAUCAAGUCCGUUUCUGACGCUCCGACGCCUAGACGAACCUUUUUCCAAGCAUUCAUGGCACUACUCCGAUACAAUUCCAAACAGAUGUCGCGUGCGGAAUUCCAACAUGUCUGUGACGAGGCCAUACAGCUCUCCAUCCGCAAAUGGCAUCAACUUCCCAAGCGUAUAACAAAUGCUCAUAUCCCCAUCCUGCAGAACUUCCAGCAGCUGGUCGAGCUUCAUGACGCGAGCGUUAUUUGCGACAGUCUCAUGGGCACCAAUGAGCGAAAUCUUGACAGCAAAUCGCAAGAGCUCAAGCUUCUUCUGCAGGCCUGGAGAGACCGGCUGCCGAACAUCUGGGACGAUAUCAAUGCGUGGCAAGACCUGGUUACCUGGCGUCAGCACGUUUUUCAGCUUGUGAACUCGACGUACCUGUCUCUUCUUCCUCAAGGCGGAAACAACGUUGGCAACAACUCAUAUGCAUUCCGGGGUUACCAUGAAACAGCCUGGAUUAUCAACAAGUUUUCGCAUGUUGCACGGAAACACCAAAUGCCCGAAGUAUGUAUCAAUCAGCUUGGCAGGAUCUACACAUUGCCCAACAUUGAGAUCCAAGAGGCCUUUCUUAAGUUGAAAGAACAAGCCCAGUGCCAUUACCAGAACAUGGCCGAGUUGAACAGUGGUCUUGACGUAAUCAACAAUACCAAUCUCAAUUAUUUUGGUGCGCAACAGAAGGCUGAGUUCUAUACGCUCAAAGGCAUGUUUCUGGCAAAGCUUCAACAUGCGGAGGAAGCUAACGAAGCAUUUGGCGUUGCUCUCUACUACGAUCUUCGUCUACCGAAAGCAUGGGCAGAAUGGGGCCAGUAUUCCGAUCGCAAAUUCAAGGAGAGCCCGACCAACAUCGAGGCUGCCAGCAACGCUGUGAGUUGCUAUCUCGAAGCGGCUGGAUUGUACAAAAGUGCCAAAUCAAGGAAGAUGCUCAGUCGAGUAUUGUGGCUACUUAGCCUCGACGACGAAGAGGGACAUAUUGCGAAGGCGUUUGAGGACUUCAAGGGUGAGACGCCAGUGUGGUACUGGACUACGUUUGUUCCCCAACUACUCGGCAGCCUCGAGCAUAAAGAGGCACGGCUUGCCAAAUCAGUGCUAGUGAAGAUCGCCAAAGGAUUCCCGCAGGCGUUGUUCUAUCACCUGCGUGCGACACGAGAAGAUUUCCUGGGGAAGAAAAAACAGUAUGAAGCCCAGAAGGCCAAGCAGCAGAAGAGUCAGGAAGAGAAAAAGGAAGUCGGCUCACGGCCCAGAACAGCCAAUGGCGAAGCUCCUGCCAAUGGAUCAUCGUCUCCCAAACCCAAGCAAGAGCCUGACGCCGACACCACCCAGCCGAACGGUACAGAAGCUGACAAGAAGCCUGAAGAGCCCAAGAGGCCGUGGGAUUAUACCGAUGAGAUCAUGGCUGGCCUGAAGACUGCUUUCCCCUUACUCGCACUGUCAAUGGAAACCAUGACAGAUCAGUUGUCGAAGCAUUUCAAGUGUCCGCCAGACGAGGAUGCUCAUCGACUUAUUGUUGCAUUGCUAAACGACGGUUUGCACUACAUCAGCCGGGCGCCCAUGACUUAUGCUGAAGGAGCCAAAUUGCCUCCUCAGACCGAAGCUAACGUUGCCCGAUUCGUCCAGUCCGUCCUUCCAGCUCACAUCCGCAAGUCGUUUGAGGCCGAUUUUGUCCAAACCAAACCAACGAUGUAUGAGUACAUUCACAAGUUAAGGAAGUGGCGAGACAAGUUCGAACAGAAGCUCGAUCAUAGGCAGCAAUGGGCACCAUUGGAGUCGUACAGCCAUCAUCUGAGCGAGUUCAAAUUCCUCAAGUUUGACGACUCGGUGGAGGUCCCUGGACAGUAUCAACAACACAAAGACAAAAACACCGACUUCGUCCGUAUUGAGCGCUUUAUGCCGACCGUCGAACUUGUGCGAGGAAACAGCAUCUGCCAUCGCCGCCUAACGAUUCGCGGUCAUGACGGUUCUCUGCAUCCCUUUGCGGUUCAGCACCCAACAGGUGGCAAAGUUCGUCGCGAAGAACGCAUCGUGCAACUCUUCCGGAUCUUCAGCCAGACACUGGCCAAGCGCAAAGAAUCCCGUCGCAGAAAUCUAUACUUCCACUUACCCAUCUUCGUGCCGAUAGCACCGCACAUUCGCCUAGUACAAGACGACGCCUCCUAUGUGACACUCCAAUCUGUGUAUGAAGACCACGUACGCAAACUUCCUCCCAACACCAUGUCCCGGGAUGACCCUAUCCUCUUCGUCCUCGAGAAAUCCCGCACCAUCGCCGAGCAGCAGAAGGCAAAUCCCAGAACACCUGAACAAGUUGCCAUCAUGAAGACCGAAAUCUUCACCACAAUCCAGGAAAGAUGGGUCGCCAACACUAUCGCAUUGAAGUAUUUCCAAGCCACCUACCCUUCUUUCGAAGACUUCUGGCUCUUCCGGCGACAAUUCAGUUAUCAAUUUGCGGCGACCACGUUUAUGACCUAUAUAAUGCAUAUGUCUGCGCGGUAUCCCAUGAAAUUCUCCAUUUCUCGAGCGACUGGGGAUAUAUGGGCGUCUGACCUGUUACCCAAUCUCAAUUCAAGUCGAGCGUUGUUCUAUAAUCCCGAGCAGGUGCCUUUCCGGUUGACUCCAAACAUACAAACGCUCAUGGGACCCCUGGGUGUGGAAGGGAUCUUCACAGCAAGCUUAAUGGCAAUUGCGCGGUGCCUUGCUGAGGGGGAUAACGGAUAUGAAAUGGAGCAGCAACUUGCUAUCUUUGUGAGAGAUGAGAUGUAUAAUUGGGCUGCUGGGCGGCCUCAAUCUAGCGGAAGUGGUGGUCAAGGAGGGGAUCAGAAAAUGGAAGGAUCACAUUUGAGAGAGCUGGUGGCGAUGAAUGUCGAGUUCAUCACGCGGCGCGCACUGACAUUGGCGAAGACCCAGGGUAGUGUCGGUUUUCCUUCGACCGCUUCUUCGGCAACACAAACCGCCAGUACCAAUGGUACUGCGGCUGGGGGCGAAGGAAGUGCAAGUGCCGCCGCGGCUGCCUCAAAUGCCAUUCCCACCGGCGUCACAGGUGUCCUUCCUGCUUGUCAGAACGUCGUGGACCUGGUCAGUAAGGCGACCGAUCCUACGCGACUUAGUGGAAUGGAUGGGUUGUGGAUGCCUUGGCUUUGA